GCGUCCAUGCCAUUUACUAUGUCUCUGGUGGAAAACGCAGGUUGCGGUCCAUUGAUGUAAUUUCUUUCAAACCCGGACAGGGUGAUAUCAUCUUCUCCUCCUUUAUAAGAUAGAGAUGUCGCCUAAUUCAUCAGAUCAGGAUGCCUCCAACAGCAGCAGCAGCAGCAGCAGCCGCGACGACUACCUUCCCACCCUCCUGGAAGCAGUCAGACCAUUCCUCCGAGGCGAGUUGGAAAACAUCGAUGCCAAACUCCCUUCCUUGCUAGCUGUGCUUCGAUCUGUUGGUGCAGGGGAGUGCUGGCAUAAGCAUGGUAGCUUCCUUGAACACCUUUUCGACAUGUACCGUAUACUCAAACUCUGGGGUGCUUCUGAUGCUGUCUGCCUUUGUGGCCUCUUUCACUCUGCCUACUCCAACUCUUAUGUCAAUCUUGCCAUUUUUGAUCCCUCCACCGCCCGCCAAACUGUCCGAGAUUAUGUUGGAGACGCGGCUGAAAGCCUCAUCCACCUCUUCUGCAUCGUUCCUAGGCAACCCCUCAUCCAUGAUCACCUCAUAUUUCAUUACUCUGAUUCUCAACUCAUUGAGCACUUGAAAAUGUCUGAGAACUCACUUCAAGAUAUCAAAGAGAAAGGAUUGUCGAGCAGAGAUGAAAAGUGGAGGCAGAAGAUCAAUUCUUUGGUUCCUGAAGAUGGGGUGGUGGUGAAACACAUUAAAACAGGGGAAGAUAUCAGGGUUUCUAGGAGGAUUGUCGCGAUUUUUGUUUUAAUGACUAUAGCUGACUUCAGUGAUCAGCUAUUUAGCUUCCAGGAUGUCUUGUUUGAUAACUCUAAUGGCCGACUUGAAUUUUCUGGCAAUAAUAUCCAAUCCUUGUGGCCCGGAGAUGGUAAGCCAGGGCUUUGGCUGAACUCACUGUCAAAGAUGGGAGCAGUUUAUAUGCUACUUGUGAGAGAAGAAGAGAUUAUGAUGGAGGAGAGGAAAAAGACAGGUGAUGGAAUGACAAAGGUACUAGAAGGAAGAGAUGAAGAUUUAGAGCUGGUUGUACCGCCAAUUUUCGACAAUUGCACAAAAGUUUUGAAGGCAGAGGACCAAAUAGAAGCAAGAGACUUGUACUGGGAAGCUGUAUGUGAGCAUGGAAAGAUAGGGAUGGAAAAGGCAGAGGAAUUGCUGUUAAAGAGCAUUGAGAAGAACCCUUUUGUUGGGGAGCCUCGUGUGGUUCUAAGUCAGCUGUAUCUGGGCAAGGAAAGGUUCGAGGAAGCGGUACGACAGGCGGAAAGAGGGCUGAUUCUUCUGCUGGAAUGGGGAAGUCCAUGGGAUAAGAGGAUGACUUGGGAAGGUUGGAUUGCAUGGGCAAGAGUCAUGCUCAUGAAAUCCAAGGAAAGGUCUUGGCCUCAGACUUCCUGGGGCAUCCUUAACCUGGGCCUAGUAAGAUGAAAUUUAAUCAAUUGAUUACUGCUAAUAUUAAUGUGCCUAAUAAAGCUUUAAUGUGUUUUCAUGCUUAUGAUCAAAUUUCUAUCUGUGAUCCAAUGAGAUAAUGUCAGAAAAUAAAUAUUUCCUUGGAAUUGUUUCAAAAUUAUAUUGUCAUCCUGCUAGUGUGUGGUUUGUAACUUUGUUUCAUUAUAUGGUCUGUUCCAUUUAAAGAUAGAAAAACCUUGACUACCUUGUGAUUUGUAUAAGUUUAAACAUAGUGGAUUUGCUAGAUUCGUGUUGA